AUGUAUGUUCGUUUGUACCAUAAUCAUUUCUCAGGAAUGAGUAUAGAAGAAGGAGACGGCGGGUUUUGUGAAGUUGUACAAUGUCCCUCUGAUUCAGCCGCAUUAACCAAUCUUGUAUAUAUUGCGCCUGGAUUCAUUGACCCUAAAGUUCAUUAUGUCAUUAUAGAUCACGAAUAUGUAUUCUCUUGCAGAACCGACAGAAAUAUUCAGAAAGGUCAAAUAGGUAUCAAUGGUCCACACCGUCGUUGGGCUUCUUUCUCUUUGAAUCAGCGAGUAUCUGUUCUGCCUUAUGAUAUCUAUUCAGAAGGUAUGGAUAUUUACCUCGGUAAUAUGAAACUGGAUAUAGAUUUCUUUCAACGGAGUAUGCGAUUACCUGAUGAGUUCAAAGAAGAUGAGAUUGCCCAUGCUUUUGCCACAAACUUCCACAGUCAGAUGUUUACGAAGGGCCAAACUUUUGCUUUUGAAUAUACAGGUGUCAAAUUCAGAGCCACUGUUACUGAUCUGGAUGUCGUCGAUUUGAGCGUGUUAAAGAGAGGCGAAGUGGAUGCACAUCAAGAAAAGAAUACUGACGCUAUUCGUGGUCUUUUAAUGCGUGAAACCAAUGUCGAAUUCAACAAAAUUGAAAACUCAAACUUAAAUUUGAAGCAAUCUAAAAAGAGAGCUAUGAAGGCAAAGGCUUUGAUCAAGCCUGAUUUCCAAUUUGAAGAUCUUGGUAUUGGUGGUUUAGAUGAUGAAUUCAAUGCUAUUUUUAGACGUGCCUUUGCUUCUCGUAUAUUCCCACCUGCUCUCGUUGAAAAGCUUGGGGUACAACACGUCAAGGGUUUACUUUUAUAUGGUCCCCCAGGUACCGGUAAAACUCUUAUGGCACGCCAAAUCGGUAAAAUGCUCAACGCCAAAGAACCCAAAGUCGUUAGCGGUCCCGAAGUACUCUCUAAAUUCGUUGGUCAAUCCGAAGAGAAUGUGCGUAAAUUGUUCGCCGAUGCCGAAGAGGAAUACCGUGCCAAAGGAGAAGAGUCUGGUCUCCACAUCAUUAUUUUAGAUGAAUUAGAUGCUAUUUGUAAAGCUCGUGGUAGUCGUAGCGGCGAUACUGGUGUGGGCGAUUCCGUUGUUAACCAAUUGCUCGCCAAGAUGGAUGGCGUCGAACAACUCAACAAUAUUUUAAUCAUUGGUAUGACAAAUCGCAAGGACAUGAUCGAUGAAGCAUUGUUACGUCCCGGCCGUUUGGAGGUGCACAUGGAAAUCGGUUUGCCUGAUGAGAAAGGCCGACUGCAAAUCCUCAAAAUUCAUACGAGUAAAAUGCGCUCUAACGAGGUCUUAGAUGAUGAUGUCAAUCUGGACGAACUGGCUGACCUCACCAAGAAUUACAGUGGUGCAGAAAUAUCUGGUGUAGUGAAAGCGGCUUCUUCUUACGCUUUCAGUCGCCAUAUCAAAGUGGGUACACUGGCAGGUAUUUCUGCUGACGUGAGUGAUAUGAAAGUGUGUAUGGAUGAUUUCUUGAAUGCGCUUAAAGAAGUACAACCAGCGUUCGGUGUUUCUGAAGUAGAAUUACAGCAGUGUGUUCAAAACCAUAUUAUUCCCUUUAGUCCCCAUAUUAAGCAAAUACUUGCUGAUGGCAAACUGUAUGUAGAUCAAGUCAGACAGUCAAGUCGUACGCCUUUGGUCAGCGUGUUGCUCCACGGUCCAGCAGGAAGUGGUAAGACUGCUCUGGCGGCUACCAUAGCAAUGCAAAGUGAGUUCCCGUAUAUCAAAUUGAUUUCCCCUGAAACCAUGGUCGGCAUGACUGAAUCAGCCAAAGUGAAUGAAAUCAACAAGAUUUUCAACGACUCGUAUAAGUCACCCAUCAGUGUGAUUGUGGUAGAUGGUAUUGAGCGUCUGCUGGAUUACGUCCCUAUUGGCCCUCGCUUCUCUAAUGCUGUAUUACAAGCUCUGCUCGUUUUGCUAAAGAAAAAACCACCAAAAGACCGUCGUUUAUUGAUUUUGGCGACUACGACAAAUCGAGGUCUUUUGGAGCAAAUGGAUAUGAUUAACGAAUUCUCUGCAGAAAUUUAUGUACCUACAAUUACUUCCUUAGACAGCGUGGAUAUGGUGUUACAACAGUUAGAGUUGUUUGCAGAUGUAGAAAGAGAAAGAGCUUUGAGUUACUUACGACAAGCUAAUAUGGAUCAAAAGUUGACGAUUGGUAUCAAGAAGCUAUUGAUGAUUAUUGAAAUGGCAAGACAAGAUGAGGAUAAAGUGGAUAAGUUUGUAAAUACAAUUCUUGCACUAUAA